GUUGUUGUUGGAAGAGAAGUCGAUUCAAGAAGCCAUUACGCUGCGCAUUUGUGUCGGGACAAAAACUUACAAUUUUUACGUAUUCUACGCAAUAUUUUACGUAGAUAAAGCCAGUCAGCCCAAUUAAAUACAUUAUGGCAUCUCAGGCCAAAAAGAGAAAAACGAAUUUCUCCGAAAGGGAGGUGGAGAUCAUCGUGGAGGAGAUGGAGAAGCAAAAACACAUUUUAGUGAAUCAUUUUAACGCGGGCGUCACGCACAUCGCCAAGAACAGCGCGUGGACGGAGAUCCUGAAGCGCGUGAACGCCGUGAGCACCUGCCAGCGCGAGCUCGCGGAGGUCAAGAAGAAGUGGUCCGAUCUCAAGACGGAGGUGCGGCGCAAAGUGGCGCAGGCGCGGGCGGCCAUGGAGGGUACGGGAGACUGCAGCAGCGUGCCGGUCAUCCUGAGCUCCAUGCAGCAGCGCAUCUGCAAUCUGGUGGGAGAAGCGACCAUCAUCAGCCUUCCUGCGGCGGAGGCGGGCGCGGAGAUCGCGGUGCCCAUCAGCUCCGCGGCCAGCGUCGCGUUGACGCAAAGCAUUCAGUCAGCGGCUGCAGCAGCAUGUGAGAUAAAAACUCUCGAAGCCGAGACGACGUACCACACGCUGGAGGAAGGCAUGGUGGAGUACUGCACCGCCGAGACGCCGGUGACCGUCACCGCAGAGGCGCCGGUGGAGAUGCUGGCGCAGGCCGAGUGCAAACCGCAGGAACUGAAGAGCCGCAUCGCGCUCAACUCGGCCAAACUGCUGCAGGAGCACCGCGUCACCAACCUGCACGUGCGCGAGAUCGCCCAGCACCUGGAGAACCAGAACGACCUGCUGCAGAUGAUCCGCCGCUCGCAGGAGGCACAGGCCUGCGCGCAGGAGAGACAAGCCCAGGCUCUGGAGGGGACGCAGGCCGCCCUGCUCGCCCUCAUCCAGAUAUUCAGACCCGCUCUGAAGGACUUGAGGAAGUUUCUACAGAACGCCAACAGCGCAAACACUGCUCCGCCGGCUGCCGCAGAGACCGGAGAAGGAGCGGAAAACAUCCCGCCGCAGACAGAAGACGCAUAACAGAGACAAAUACGAGCGCGUUUGGGGUUCGGUGUGUGUGUGUGACCGUCUGGUCUAGAAUAGACUGUAAAUUAUUGUACAGCUCGGUGCCUCAAAGACUUUGUGCUUAUAUGUGUGUGAAUGAGUCAGGGAGACUUUAUGAGCGUGGCCAAAAUUCAGACGUUUAACUUUAAAAAUACCAUUUUGCGUUUGACAAUUUGAAGUUACUGUAAAGAUAUUUUUCUUUUAUAUUUGGUUGCUUAAAAAUCAAGUUGCAACACAUUUAAUCGGAUUGUUUUGGUGUGCAGUUGACCCUAAAACAAACAUGCAAAACCUCAAACACGAAUCUGGGUCAGAGACCUACAGAAAACACGACAGCGGUUCCAGUGACGGAAGACUUUGUGGAGGCUGUUCUUUCUUUAGCUUUUACGAAUUUGCCGUUUUUAUUUAAGCAUGCUUAAUAAAGAAACUCUCCACAUG